GCGGUAAAACGUUGCGCGGGGUGAUCUACGGUGCGGCGGCGGCGAUUGGAGGGGAGCAGGGUGGCGAAUAAAUGCCGAACGGCGCCGAUUAUGCGAGCGCCGCCGAACACGCCCCUCGGGACCGUAGAACAAGCCGGGGUGUACCAGCCCCACGGGCAGUCGACCAAUCGCGCGCGACACCCGAACCCGACGCGGUGUAUAGCCGACACCCCGCUGUAGCCCGCACACUAGUCCGCGACGGCGGUAAUCAAACGUAACGCGCGGCACUUAAACGAUUGACGGCUCUAUUAAACGUUUAUCGUUAGCGCGUAAUACUGAAAAACACCGAGUAUAAUACAUAAUAUUAAUAGUAUACGCGCGCGUGUGUAGGUACGUGUACAACGCUCGACUGCAUAUAUAGAGGCAGGUACAUCGCGCGGAUAAGUCGAUUUUUAUUAAUUUUGGUCGUUAGACGUCUCAUAUUGUAAUAUUACAUAAUAUAUUAUUUUCGCGAGCAGUGUUCGCCGCCGUACUAAGGAUUAAUAAUAAUAAUAUUUAAUAAGACACGACAACACGAAACUGGCGAUGACGAUUGCGGCCGUACGGUGAACGUCGCCGUAGCCACUGUCCUGCGCCCGAUUUCCGCGAACAUUAGGUAUACACGAUACGUCAUUAUAGUGCGUCCACGUCCGCAAAAACCGAUGAAAUUGGACGGACGACUCGGCGGGACGGCGUGCGACGGCGGCGGUGCUGUUUACGGAUCAUCGGCAGGUCUCGGCGACAACGGCGAUCGCCCGGAACGGCCACCGGCCUCCGCCGUCGCCACGGCCGCGGUGCUGCAGGACGAGCGGGGCUUGUCGUCAUCGCCGCCGCCGCGGGAACAGUGCGAUUGCGACUCCAACGCCCGGAGACAGGCGAUGGCCACCUGCACGGCGACCGGUUCCGCGGCUGUGCCGAAGACGUCUGCAGUAGGUUCGUCGCUGUUCACCAUCGACAGUAUACUCGCCCCGUCGAGAUCGUCGGACGACUCGGCCGUCGCGGCAGCCUCGGCCCGCAACAACGUGACCGCGGCCACGGCAGCGGCCACCGGGUUUUUCAAACAGCCGCUGAGCUUUGGACACCUGGCAGCCGCAGCGGCCGCGUCCGGAUACGCGCACUCCACCGCCGCAAACUUUUUAGUUGCCGCGGCUGGUUACCAAAGCAUCUAUCCUAGUUACAUGAUGGCCAUGGCGGUGACGGGAGGCCACGGGACUGCCGGCGGUCAUCAUCACGGUCCCGCGUCCAUGUUCGCCGGCCCACCGGCCAAGAGAAAGAGAAGGCACCGGACAAUAUUCACCGAAGAACAGCUCGAACAGUUAGAAGCAACUUUCGAGAAGACACAUUACCCAGACGUGGUGCUCAGGGAGCAGUUGGCACUGAAAGUGGAUUUAAAAGAAGAACGAGUCGAGGUAUGGUUUAAAAAUCGACGUGCAAAGUGGAGAAAGCAAAGACGUGAAGAACAAGAUAGACUGAGAAAAAUGCAACAUCAUCUAGUGGAACAGCCUGGAGUGUCUAAUGGACUAGCAGCUGCAGUAGCGGCAGCCGCGGCUAGGGGGAAUGAUCCCAUGCGGUUAGUUCAUCUGCACGUAGACGAAGAAGAACUCGAAGAAGAUCCCGAUUCUUCAGACUUAGAAGUUGCUUGAGUAAAUUCUAUCGACUGAAUAAAUAAUUGUUUGAAUUUUUAUACAUUUCUUGAAGAGAUGGUUUAUUUUUAACCCAGAACGAUGCGUAUAUAUUUUUAAGAUGUGUUUUGAUAUUUUAAAAGCGUUUCUUUAAAUCAAUAAUCAUAAUUAUUAAAAUCUGUCUUUUUUUAUUGAUAAUAUUAAACACUUGAAUAGCUAAAAAUAUCAUCAUUUGUUACCUAUAUGCUUUUUACAUUUAUUAUAAUGUGUAUUAUGAAAAUCUAACACAACAUAGGUUAUAUAUAUAUAUUUCACAUAAUAUAACAGUAUAAUAAAAUAUUAAAUUACGCGUCUUAUAAGUUUGUGUAGUAAAAGAAUAAAGUCGAUAGUCGUUACUAACGAAAUGUAUUUGUACCUUACUAAUAAGUAAUAAGUAAUAACUAUUGGUUUCAUUUAUAUAUAUUCACCGAGCUUUUUUACUUUUAAAGUUUCGUGUUCCUGAAAAAUUGACAAAAGGUCAACAAUCUUAUGCUAUGUAUUAUACUAAUGGUGCAAUUGAUAUAAGCUAUAUAAACAUAUAUAUAUAUAUAUAUAUAUACAUCACAUAUUAUGUUAUUACUUAUUUUACUACACAAUAACACUGCGUGUAUAUUCUUAUGAAUUAUUUAUUUAUGUUUAAUUAUUUGCAUUAAAUUAUUUGUGUAUAUUAUAAUAAUCGUUAAAUUAAAUAAUUUACACAACAUGUUAAUUUUACAUAAUAACUAUUACUUAAUUUUAAAUAAAAAUGUCCGCAGCAUUCGGCAGCAAGGAUUUUAAGUAUAGUGUAUUGUGUAUAUAUUCUUAAAAUGUUCAUUUGAACUCAAAUUGUUAAUGUAUAUUGUCCAUGUUUUUAAUUAUAUAUAGCUGUAAAACUGUAUGUAUGUUAUCUAUGCAUUUUACGGAAUCUGUUAACAAAUUCCGAACAUUUAAAGCUAAUACAAGUAUUGUAGUAAAUAGUUCACACAUUUUAUGUACGAUUAUUAAUAAUUAUAGGAUAUGAAAGUUUGCAAAAUAUUAUACAAUUAUGUAAGCUUUUCGUUAUACUGGUUAUUUUGCAGCAGAUUUAAAUGUAUUUUAAAAAAUAAUUUAUAAUUUAAAUUCAUAUUUAUAUGUAAAUAAUAUAUAUUAUACAUAAAUAGGUAUAAUAUAGUAUUAUUUAAUUCGAUUUCUAGUCACUAAUAUAUAACAUAUUCAUACAAUAACAUUAUCAAAUAAGUAUUAUUAUAAUAUUAUAAAAUAUACCAAUUGUAAUAUGGCUUAAUGUGCAUUAUUAUGGUUUUG